AUGUGGAACUCACGGGCUCCCAGAAGGCCCUUUCCCUCCCCACAGCUUCUAUCCAGGCUAAGGGCAGCUCUCAACCUUAUCUUUGAGAAGGGCCUCCAAAAUGUUAUUGCCAGGCAUGCCCGCCUUGCUAAGGCCACCAGACUUGCAGUGGAGGCAUGGGGCUUGAAAAACUGCACUCAAAAGGAGGAAUGGUACAGUGACACCGUCACUGCUGUUGUUGUCCCUUCUUACAUUGACAGUGCAGAGAUCGUGAGACACGCCUCGAAACGUUACAACUUGAGCUUGGGCCUUGGUCUCAACAAGGUUGCCGACAAGGUUUUCAGAAUAGGAUAUCUUGGAAAUAUUAAUGAGUUACAACUACUAGGUUGUCUUGCUGGUGUGAAAAUGGUGCUCAAAGACGUAGGUUAUCCAGUGAAGCUCAGUAGUGGAGUCGGAGCAGCCUCUGCAUACUUACAGAACACAGUUCCUUUGAUUCCUUCAAGGAUUUGA